GUGCAGGAGGGUAGUGCAAGACAGUCCUGAGGUGAUUUGGAUAGGAGAGUAAGCAAAAUCAAUCAACUGAUUGUGAUACAGGUUGACAAGAAACAAACCAUGAAUGUGGGCACUGCUCACAGUGAAGUGAACCCAAAUACCCGGGUUAUGAACAGCCGCGGGAUUUGGCUGUCUUAUAUCCUGGGAAUAGGUUUGCUUCAUAUCAUUCUGUUGAGCAUCCCUUUCUUCAGUGUGCCAGUGGUAUGGACACUCACUAAUGUUAUUCACAAUAUGGGAAUGUACAUAUUCCUGCACACUGUAAAGGGAACGCCAUUUGAAACUCCAGAUCAAGGAAAGGCACGGUUGCUGACACACUGGGAACAGAUGGAUUAUGGAGUACAGUUUACAGCCUCGCGCAAAUUCCUCACAAUCACACCUAUUAUCUUGUAUUUUCUUACCAGUUUUUACACAAAAUACGACAAGUUACAUUUUGUUAUAAAUACAGUUUCGCUGAUGAGCGUCCUCAUCCCAAAGCUGCCUCAACUUCACGGAGUCAGAAUCUUUGGCAUCAACAAGUACUGAAUGCAGCAUGAUGACGCGUGUGAAAGAAAACACUUUUAGAACAGCCGUCAGCAGCAAGGGCACAUCGUGUUCAGAUAUUAGGACUUGUACACCUGCACCCCAUAAUCUCUUAUCAUGGACUUUUUAUUAUGAAUAGUAUAUUCGUGAAUGAAGCAGCUCAUGUUGGUUGCUCAGGUAUCUCAUUAAAUAUUUGCAGUGCUCGGAAUAGAAAGCCUGCUUUUUCGUUUACUGCCGGUAGAUCCUAUUUUCACAAAUGAUAUUUUUGAUGCCUUGAUUUGCCAUUAUUAAGUGAGGAAAUUUUGGUAUUGUAAACAUUUAGUUGUUGCAGUGUGCAAACUUGCUGUCCACUAUGACCAAGCAGAUGUAAAAGUUUAAUGUGUAAAUACUGUAAUGAAAGUAGAUUUGUGAAGGUAUCAUUUUGAAUGAUAAUUGCAGAAGAUUUGUUUUCAGUGUCACAAUGGAUGCACUUGCUGAAGAUUCGAAAAUCAUGCAUGCUCCAAAAUGGCAGGAUUGAUUAGGUAUCCUUCACUCUAUUGAGGUACAUGGAAACAUUGUCUAUUGGCUUAGUGGCCUCUUUGAAGAAACAGUGCUGGUCUUACUGUGCAUUUUUAAUUAGUAUCUUUUGCAGAUAAUUUUAUUUAUUUUGUUUUCUUUUUCUCUAUCUCGUUCAGUGUUGUUUGAGAGAAAAUUUACUUGGAAGAAUGUAAACAAUCGUAAUGAUGUGUUUUGAAUCACAGCUUAUGAAUGCUUGAUUUAAAAAGGUGUUUGUUUUUGGAUUUUUUUUUAAUGUAAAGUGUUAAAUAGUAUAGAUCCUGUGUGUUAAUGAGGGCAGUGAUUGAGGCUGGAUACUUAAGUUAGUCUCCCCAGGGCUUGUUUGUAUGGAAUCUUAGAAUGAUUAUUUUUUUAACAUUCAAAAACAAAUUGGAAUAUUGCAAACAUCAGCAAACAUGCAUUUUCCUUUAAGUUUGCCAUGUUGCCUAACUUGCUUUCCUUUUGAAACAAAAUGUAAUGCUGGUUGUUGUAUCUGAUCUGUUUUUCUGUCAGACUACAUUGUAAUUUGACUGGCUGACGAGAUGUGUAUGAAUUUCACCUGGUUUUUACUGGAUGGCAGCAAUGUACCUGACUUUUAUAUUGUGAUAUACCUGUUGCACACUUGAAGUACACACUAGUACAGCUGGAAUUCCUUGCAGAUUUGCUAGGACUACAAAAUGACAGCACUGUGAAUCAUGUUUUUAAGCAAUACCAUAUGAAGACAUGUCCCAUAGCAAGGGAAUUGAAGGCAUGCCUAGAUGUUGAGGCCCUUACUGGUUUGGUGGGUUAGAUUGCUAAACUUUUGGCUUUUAGGAAUUGGGUUUUGGAACUAUGUGGAAGGAAAGAGCUGAAGUUAACAUUCUCAAUUUCAAUCCAGUUGCUAAGAAUGUAAAACUGCCUGAUUGGAGUGAUUUGGCAAAGCCCACCAAGACAGUGAAGGUUGCUGAUCUUAGAAAUCCUACUGCAGUGAUGCAGUUGGGAUUAAGACACAUAGCUAUGAUGAAUUCCCUGACCAUCUGAUUUAUGCUAUCCUGAUCCAGAGUACCUGAUACUGAUGGUGCUGGUUGCUUUAGCGGAUGUGAAGUAUUACUUUUCCCAAUGGUGAAUAUCUGAGCCAUGUAGAUUGGGAAGGAGGAAGAGGCCAGGAUUGUGCCCCACUUUUGAUUCCAGUCAGAUCAACUAACUGUAGUUGGGACAGUGGUAAGAGCCUACUGUUGGUCUAAUUGCUUCUAGGUCCACCGAGGUGGAAAAUCAGUCUGUUUGCAAAAACAGUUGGGUAGCCAUCUUCAUCUGGAGAUGUGCUAGUGUGGAUGUUGGGCAAGAAGGUAAUUGAACUCAGUUUCCCCAUGCUGCUGAAUCUCUAAAAGAUUCAUGCAUGAAUAACUAGAAUUAAAUAGCAAUUCAUAGAAGUAUUGAAUGGUCACAUAACAAUAGUGGGCACCUGGAGAAGCUGACAGUGUUGAUGGUUUGGUGGAAUAUGGGAGUAGAACAUAUGUUAUGAGUAGGAAGUAAAUCCAUUUCCAUUCCCACCUUUCAUUCCCUGCUAAGGUACACGUGUAAGUAUGUUGCUACUUUUGAACAAGACUUCCAAAAUAUUGAAAAAUCCUGAUCUUUUAAAGAAAUCUGCCAUAUUUAUAAUCUUUAAAAAUUAUGCUUGCAUUGAGAAGUGUGUCCUGAGGUAUUUUGUCAGGAAUAGUCUACCAGCAUAAUCGGAGUGCCCCAUUAUUGGCAGUAAUUAAAAGUUUACAGUGUUUUCUAAAUCUUGGAAUUUAACCAUAAUCCUCUUUCUUGCACUAUUAUUCAGUUGUAGAAGAAAUGUUCAAAUUGCACUUUUUUAAAAUGUUUACAAGCCGAUGCUGAUCUCCUACAGUGAGAAGGAAACUGAGAAACCAAUUGGACUAUAGACUUUAAAUAAAUAUCUUCAAAUUAA